AUGGCGAUAUUGCUCCUGCUGCUGAUUGUGGCUGUUCUGGAGCCCUCUGCUCAGAUUUCUAUUCCUAAGGCUGUCAAUGGGACAGUUAACAGUGAUGGAGUAUGUGUCUGCACAGUGAUAUUGCCUGAUGACACAUUCCCAGUGGAAAAAAUGGAAUAUUUGGAAGCAACAACGACAGAUCUCAGUAUCAGUGUCCAAAGUGAAAUCAGCAAGGUGCAACAAUACGCACAGAUUAUCUCAAUGCACACAGUGAAGCUGCUGAAUCUGACACAGCGAGUGGAGAGCAUCGAGACAGGAAGCUCCUACACCCAGCUUGACUUUGAGCUGCUUAAGCUAGAGAUCCAAGAGCUGGUCUCGCUCACCACUCAGCUGAAGGUCACGAUCAAUGGAAGCAACACCAUCAUCGAGCAGCUUUACAAAGAGAUUGAGAACAUAUCACUCAUCGUCCACCAGCUGGAAUCGUACGACAAGAACAACGUCCUGCAGAUCCGCAAGGAGAUUGCGGCUCUGAAGGAGCGCCUGGCAGAGUGUGAGAAGAACCAGGCUGCAACAAACCCUCCGCCCAUUGAUUACGGGAGCUGCAACCAUGGUGGUCCCCUCAAUGUGACCGAGCCUUUCGUGACACAAUUGAACUGGAGAGGAUUCAGUUAUAAGUUUGGAGGGUGGGGCAGGGACCCCUCUCCCUUGCCCCCUAAGGAGGAUCUGUACUGGGUAGCACCACUCGCCAAUGAACAAAGGCUCGACACUUUCCGACUACAUUCUUCGUACGACGACUUACUGCUCUACAAGAAUCCAAUCGAGAAAACACUUGUGAUUCCGGGCCGUUAUCGAAACUAUAGAAACACGGCGCAGGGAAGCGGGAUGGUUUUAUACAAUAACUCCUUGUAUUACAACUGUUACAACACUAGGGACAUGUGCAGGUUUAAUGUAGACACAGGGGCUGUGGAGAGGGAGACCCUGGUUGAUGCAGCCUUCAAUAAUAAGUUCUCGUAUCAGGGUGUUAAGUACCAGGACAUGGACUUUGCUGUGGAUGAAACCGGUCUAUGGGUCAUUUACUCCACUGAACAAAAUGCUGGGAAUAUGGUUAUUAGUAAAAUUAACACAACCUCCUUCACUGUGGAGAGGACAUGGGUCACUAAACAGUUCAAACCUGGUGUGACCAACACCUUCAUGAUCUGCGGGGUGUUGUAUGCGAUUAGACCAGUGAGCACAAGGAUGGAGGAGAUUUUCUAUACGUUUGAUACCAGGACUGGUGUGGAAGGUAGGGUUGCUAUAAAGAUGGAUAAAGUGAUGGAGACAAUACAGAGCGUCAGCUACAACCCCUCCGAUCACAAGCUGUAUGUCUACAAUGACGGCUACCAGGUGACCUAUGACGUGAUGUUUCAACCUGAUCAAUAA